UUCUACGUGUGCGACGUGGGCGAGGUCAGGCGCCAGCUGAGGCUGUGGAGAAGCCUGCUCCCCUUCGUCCAGCCAUACUACGCUGUCAAGUGCAACCCGAGCCGGGGCUUCCUUGGCGCCCUGGCGCAGCUUGGCGUCGGGUUCGACUGUGCGUCGCAGAACGAGAUCCGGGCCGUGUUCGAGGCGCACGAGGCGCUUGGCGCCAGCGUCGACACGAAGAGACUCAUCUACGCCAACCCGAUCAAACCAAUCUCCCACUUGCGGUUUGCCCACUCGCACAACGUCGGGCUGACUACGGUCGACUCGCUCGAGGAGGUCGAGAAGAUCGCCCGCUACGCCGCCGGCAUGGACGUCUUGGUGAGAAUCACCACGGACGACUCCAGCGCCCAGUGUCCGUUGAGCGUCAAGUUUGGCGCCGACGUCCCCUACUCUACGAAGAUAGUCGACCGGUGUGUCGAGCUCGGAGUGCACGUCCGCGGGGUGGCCUUCCACGCCGGGUCCGGCUUCGAGGACGCCUCGACCUUGUCCAAGGCCGUCCAAGACGCUAGAACUGUGUGGGACUACGCCAACGGACGCCAGUUCGCCCGCUGCGACAUGCUGGACGUCGGAGGCGGGUUCAGCAAGGACGGGUUUGUCGAGCCGGCAAGAGUACUCGGCCGCGAGAUCGGCAGACUCUUUUCAGACGAGCUUGCUAGCGGCGAGAUGAGUGUCAUCUCCGAGUUGGGCAGGUUUUUGAGCGCCAGCUGCUUCACGUUGGCCACAAACGUCAUUGGAACCCGGAGAGAAGCCAGUGCCGAUGGUGCUAGUGCAGCUAAAGACGACAAGAUCCGGGUAUACUUGAACGACGGCUUGUACGGCAACUUGAACUGCAUCUUGUACGACCACCAGGAAGUGGAGCCCGUGGUAAUUACGUCUGCGGGCCGGUUUGUCUACGGAGAGGACACACCCGUCUCCACCGAAAGCGGCACGCGGCAGUACUCGAUCUGGGGCCCAACCUGCGACGGCCUAGACUGCAUUAAAAAGCGGUGCCUCUUGAGCCACGACGUGCACUGCGGGGACUGGGUGGGCUUCCGCAACGCCGGGGCGUACACUAGUGCUGCCGCCACAAGCUUCAACGGGUUCGCUAACGAGUUCGAGUGCGUUUUCAUCGAUACAGAGAUA